UUCACAUCUGAUUAGUUAUAGGUUAUGAACCUAUAGGUUAUGUUCCUCCGCAUUUAUAUUAAUAACAAUUGAGUUACAAAAAUGUUUAAAAAUAUACCUAAACCCGUAAUCAUUGGUUGCGGCAUGGUAGCUACAUUUGGUACUGCUUGUCUUGUAAAGGAACUCAUGGGUGAACCCCGUUACAGACCAGACGUACUGGCCGAUGGAAAGGUUAUAAUUGUCACGGGGGCGAAUACCGGCAUUGGCAAGGAAACGGUCAGAGAGUUGGCUAAACGAAAUGCUAAAGUUUAUAUGGCCUGUCGAGAUUUAAAAAGAUGUGAAGAUGCACGCAAAGAAAUUGUAUUGGAAACUAAAAACAAAUAUGUAUACUGUAGAAAAUGUGAUUUAGCAUCAUUUGAGUCAAUAAGGGAAUUUGUAAACACCUUUAAAAAGGAGCAAGAUCGAUUGGAUGUUUUGAUCAACAAUGCAGGUGUUAUGAGAACCCCAAAUUCUAAAACUAAGGAGGGCAUAGAAAUGCAACUUGGUGUAAAUCAUAUGGGGCACUUUCUUUUAACCAACUUAUUACUGGAUAUGCUCAAAAAAUCAACUCCAAGUAGAAUAAUUAACAUUUCAAGUAUAGCACACAAGAAAGGUGUAAUUAAUAAAGAAGAUUUGAACAGUGAUAAAAGUUAUGAUCCUGCAAAGGCUUAUGCUCAAAGCAAACUAGCUAAUGUUCUAUUUACAAGAGAGCUAGCAAAAAGAUUAGAAAAUUCUGGAGUAACUGUUAAUGCAGUUCACCCAGGGAUUGUGGACACAGAAAUAGUUAGACAUAUGAGUUUUUUUAACAGUUGGAUGGCAAAAAUUUUUAUUAAACCUUUUGUAUGGCCUUUUGUAAAGGGUCCAAAUCAGGCAGCACAAACUCCUGUUUAUCUUGCCAUCAGUCCAGAUGUUGAAAAGAUAACAGGCAAAUAUUUUGUAAAAUAUGAACAAGAGGAAGUUUCUACAGCAGGUCAAGAUGAUAAUACUGCUAAAUGGUUGUGGGCAGUUAGUGAAAAAUGGACCAGGCUAGUAUUGUAAAAAUUGUUUAAUAUUGUUAUUAUUGCUAUUAAUAAAAAUAUACAUAAUUGUCUUGA